GCUCUUACACACCCUGACGUAAGCAAAUCAGAUCAGCACCGACUGCACACGGGACCGAGAGUAAUAAAUUGUUAAUCUGUCUCCUGUUGCUGGUCGAAGCCGACGGUCUGGAGAGCGCUUUGGUACUGAACCCUUCUGACCAACAAGGCAGGGACACACGUGUUCUCUCCACUUCUAAGAGAGCAGCCAAGGGAGCAGCGGCGGCGACACCAUGAAGGCAGCUGUGUCUCUCGCGGGCGCGGUACUCUUGUCGCGGGCCCCAGCUUCAGCGGCAGUGGGGGAGCAGCCCACCAUCGUUGGAUCUAGGGCACCGCCAAUGGCUUCGUCGUGGACAAAAGCAGCCCCUCGGGAAGGCAGAAGGCGCAUCCGGAACGCCGACCUCCACCGCGACCGCCCCCCAGAACCCCUAUCCACCACCAACCUCACUGCCAUGCUGAGGGGGGGUUGGCUCGGCGUCGACCUCGUGCAGGAGAUCGCCAAGGCCUACCUGAAGCCUCCCGCGGGUGAAGGCGGCGAGGCCGCGGGCGGAGGAGAGGGCGGCGGCAAGGGGGCAGAGCAACAGGCGGCCGAUGGUGGAGGCCGCGGCAAGGGGCGAAGAGGCCGCGGAGGAGGGGAUAACGGGGCGGCGGGGAGGCGUGCCGAGGGCUGGGACUCGGCGAGCCCUAGAGCAGGUGGCGAUAGCGCCAAGGACGGGGGCGCGGCGGCAGCUGGUACGGGUAGCAGCGGUGGCGGGAAUGGGGCUGGAACGGACGGGGGCGAGCGCUCUACCGGUGGUGCUAUGCAGGGGCAGAUGGAGCGGCUCCGAUUGGCGCUGCAGCAACAGACGGGCGGUAACGGGCGAGAGACCGGAGGGGAGGGCGGAACCAGCGGCAGCGGCGGCGCUAGAGACAGCCAUAGAGACAAGAGCAACAACAAUAGCGGCCAUCGGGCUUCGAUGGCACCGAAGAACCCGCGCCUUUCCGUCUCUGGAGGCCUCCUCGUUGACCGCGGUGCCAACUCCAACGUAGAAACCCAAAGCAGCGGCGGAAAUGGUGCCGGUUCGGCUUUCGAUGGCGGCGGUUACAGCACCGAGUCGGCGGCGGGCAAGGAUGAGCAGAGCUGGGAGGACGGCGGCGAGGAUUUUGAUUCUGAUGACGAAGAGUUUUUCGAAUCGGGCGGCGGUACAGAAGGGGAGGACGAUGAGGAGGAGGAGCUGGCGAGGGCUAAGGCUGCGGCGGCGGCGGCGCGAAUGAGGAGCGAGGUGGCGCUCUUGAAGGAGAUGGAGGCGGUGCAUGCGAGCCAGCAAGGGAUGGGCAGGUCAGGCGAAGCGGUCGUCAUCCCACCGCUGGGCCAGCACACGAGGACUGUGGUGACGCAGGCCAUGCCGGCCCGCUUUGUGGAGGAGGUCGGGGCAUCGCUCGCCAGCGCGAUGGCCUUGGCCACGGCCAGGAUGCUCAUCCAGGCCUGCGUGAACUUGCGAGUGAAGAAGAAGGCGGAGAAGGUGGCGUUCAAGGACGUUGUCGGCUGCGACGAGGCCAAGGGGGAAAUCAAGCAGAUCGUCGAUUUCCUGGUGGAUCCGUCGGCGUACGACAGCCUUGGUGCCUCUAGACCCAAGGGAAUCCUGUUGGUGGGCCCCCCUGGCACAGGCAAAACUCUGAUUGCCAAGGCAUGCGCUGGAGAGGCGGGCGUCCCGUUCCUCUACGCUUGCGGGUCCGAGUUCAACGGAGUCUAUGUCGGCAUGGGAGUUGCAGCCGUCAAGAGGCUUUUCGCGAAGGCCAGGAAGCACAAGAAAAGCAUCAUCUACAUCGACGAGAUCGACCACCUGGGACGUGCCAGGGGCGGGUCGAGAGACGCGGGGAGUGCGACGCAGGAUCGGGAGGCCACCCUGAACCAGCUGCUGAGCGAGAUGGACGGGUUCGAGGGAAAGGACGGGAUCGUCGUGAUGGCCUCCACAAACCGGAAGGACAUGUUGGAUGACGCUCUGCUCCGAUCGGGACGCUUCGACAUGCAGGUGGAUGUGGACCGGCCAGACCGUAAGGGCCGCGAGCAGCUGUUUACCAAGUACCUCGCCCCCCUCAAGCUCUCUGAUGAACAACGCGAAGGAGGGGUGGAGGCAUCACCCGACAGCAGCACCAGCAGCAACGGGGUCUUUCGUGGUGGAAAGGGGAGACGUUAUUUCGGCGGGGGCGCGGCGGCGGCGGCGGCGGCCGAGAGGGAGAAGCAGGCGGCCAUCAAGAAGCAAGGCCUUCAGGAUGACAUCGCGAAAGAGCUGGCGGAUAUGACCCCCUACAUGACCGGGGCUGACGUGGCGAACGUUUGCGCGACUGCCGGGAGGAUCGCUGCGAGGAGCGGGUCGGACGCGGUCGAAUUGGAGCACUUGAGCGCCGCUGUAGACCGGGUCCAGCAUGGCCUGGAGAAGCCUGACAGGGAAGUGACGGAGGAAGAAAAAAAGCGAACGGCUAUCCACGAGGCCGGUCACGCCGUUGCUGGCUGGAUGCUUCCGUGGUGCGAUGAGGUCGUCAAGGUCUCCAUUGUCUGGCGAGGGAACGCUUUAGGGUUUUCGCAGACCGCAGUGGUGGAAAGGCUGAGCGAGAUGCGGGAGAUGGUCCUGGACAGCGUAUGCAUGACCCUGGCGGGACGGGCGGCGGAGGAGGUGCUGUGCGGCACCAUCAGCGGAGGAGCGUCAUCGGACCUGAGAGUGGCGUCGCGACAGCUGUACUCCGCCAUCACAGAGGUGGGCUUUGGCAGCACGACGGGCCUAUUGUCUCCGGGUCACCGCCAGCUUAGCGAGAAGGUCAUGGCUGAGAUUGACCAAGAAGUGCAGACCCUCUUGGCGCAGCAGUACCAGCGCGCCCUCGCCCUGAUCCGAACGCACCGCGACAAGACCGACAGCCUCUCGGCGGCACUCCUCGAGCACAACGUCGUGCACAAGGCAGACCUGCGACGGAUCCUGGGAGACAAGGUGACCGUUGAGUCGGAAGAAGCUGCUGCAGCAGCCGCCCUGACCGAGGGCCUCCUCAAAGUCGAUGGAGAGAAGGUCGAAAACGCAAGCACUUCUGGUGCUGGUACUGCACCCACGGAAGCUUAAAAUAGACUUAACAAUGGGGGGAUUGACACGCCCAUGGAGAAUUCGAGUGUGCUUUUUCUCUUGUGUGUUGGAGGGCGCGGGUAGCGUAUGACAUGAAAUGUACGUCUUUUCGUACGUGUGUGUGCGUUUUUUGUUUGGAAGAACGGAAACGACGUGGGUAACAUAAAAAAGGGAGACACGUCCGGUAGACAAUGGGUAUUUGUUCGAUAGGUGCCGCUGGUAGCUCUCCACGCGGGCCUCGUGCGGGCGAUCCUGCAUCGAGGCGGGGCGAUGUCGUCUUAAGAGCUUUGAGCUGGAAAAUCAAACUUGGGUGCAGAUCACGUGGCAUGAUGUUCGAGGGGGGUGGGGGAAGUACUCGUUGGUUGCUUACCUGAUGAUGACCUACGUUGCCUAUUGGAGCCGCAGAGAAGCGGGUGGCAGAAGACGUGAUGCCUUCAAAGACUGCCGACGGAAGGCGUUCUUUUUCUGCCCCAGAAAGCGUUGUUGCUGUUGUCGUUGUUGUUGUCUUCACGUUAAAAGCUGUUGCGGUCUCCGCUCAGUACCUUCUUAUUUCCGCACUGGUCCAACACAAGCGUGCGCUGCAUAACACCCUCGUAUUUGUAGCACCAAUGCAGAUCAUGAGUCUGGUAUCGGUGUGAGCGGCAUGACGGAGGUGGGGGGUGGGGGUGAAGGGUGAGAGGAGGACAGGUAUUCUUGACCUCGGCGUUGUAGUUGUUUUGGAGUAGGUGUCAGGUGCAGCAUGGCGAAAACUGGCCUAGUUCUCGUAAAGAAGGAUUUGAGUGUGCUAAAUAUAAUUUGGCUUGUCGAAGAUCGAUCAGCGUCUGUUUGAUUUGUUAGAAACCGUAGAUGUGGGGUAGCGGUUACGUGUAUGCAUGUUUUUGAAAAUUCUCGUGAUAGCGCCAUGUGAAAAGGAUAAUAUUGGAUAGGCUGGCCCAGAGAGACGGGGCGGUGUUGGCCCCAUGCUGCAAGCGGGUAAACAUAAAGUGUCGUGAGGAAAUGUCCACCAAUUCAGCGGGGCAGGAAAAUUAAAGCAUGUAAAGAAAAAUCUUGCUCCUUUCGACGAGGUGCGUGGGAACAAUUACGGAAGGUUCACU